AUGCAAUUUUUUUUAUUGCUACUAAUUAUUUCAAACUGCUAUAUCUAUUUAAUACAUGCGAAAUCAUUCAAAUCUGACUUGAUUACUAAUUUACCUGGAUUGACUUUUGACCCUGGUUUUAAACAGUUAUUAGAAGCAGAAAAUAAUCCUUCUGAAGCUCCGCUGUUACUUUGGCUAAAUGGAGGACCAGGUUGUAGCUCACUGGGAGGUCUUUUCACUGAAUUAGGCCCGUUUCGAGUGAAUCAAGACGGAGAGACAUUGUUUGAAAAUAUUUACACUUGGAAUAAGGGGGCGAAUGUAUUAUACUUUGAAUCACCAUAUGGUACAGCCAUAGAUAAUGCUGAUGCUUUGGAAGUAUUUUUUGGCCGUUAUCCGGAAUAUCUCGGACGACCAUUUUUUAUUACGGGGGAAUCUUAUGCCGGCGUUUAUUUGCCUACUUUGGCAAAUAUACUAAUUGAUCGCAUUAUUGAUGGAACACUUGUUGGGGUUAAUUUUGUUGGCAUGGCUAUAGGAAAUGGUAUUUUAAGUCGAAGUGAUCAAUUUAACUCGCUGAUCAAUUUAUUCCACUUCAGAGGUUUUCUUGGUGUUGGGGAAUUCAAUUCAUUAAGUACAUGUUGUGAGAAAAUAGGAACUGGCCAUAAGCCACUUCCAUACUGUAAUUUUUCUGAAUUUUUGGAUUGGUCAACGAGAACUCCCAAAAAGUUUAAUGAUACCAUUUUGGAUCAGUGUGCUACUGUUAUUUAUGGAUAUUACGAAUUUGCUGAUAUUGGCCAAAAGAGAGUAUUAUUGGAAUUUUAUUACAGCCUUGAUCCGUACAAUACUUAUCAAGAUUGCUAUUUGGAUGAGGUAGAAGGUUCUACGGAAAAAAAUCGAACUUUUGGCAAGAUAAAAAGGAAAACA